AGGUCAGUCAGUCUGUAAUACAAUAAUACGAGAUGGAUUCCUGCUCCCAUAAAUACUAUCCUGAAGAUGGCUUUGACUCUAGAGAACAUCUGGAAACAUAUUUUACAAUGAAUUCAGAACGGGCCUUUCAAGAUGAUGUAUUAAAAUUUCCAAUGGAGACUUUGCAACAUGUUUUCAGUGAGGGUCACAUUAAAGGAGACCUUUUGAUUGACAUCAGUAAUGGAGCCUUCAUUCAUCAUCUCCAUACAGCCAAUCGGUUUUUCAAACAGAUCCUUGUGCUGAAGUGCGCUGAGAAAUGCAUCAUGGAACUGAACCGAUGGAUUAACAAGCGUACAGGAGAGUUUGAUUGGUCUCACAUAUUUACAUAUAUUAAAGUCACAGAUGGAUACAGUGACCAGUGUGAGCCCAGUGAUACAAUGUUGAAGAAUGCAAUUGCAGAGAUCUUGAAAUGUGACUUUAAUAAGGAAAAUCUCACAGAACCAAAGGUGCUACCACCAGCAGACUGUGUGAUCACUGUGUGGCUGCUGGAACUCAUCAGCAAAGACAAAGAUGAUUAUAAAAAAUAUUUCAGGAAAUUUGUGAAGCUACUGAAACCUGAAGGACACCUGAUAUUGGUUGGGACUCUUAAUACAACUUAUAUGACGAUUGGGCAGGACAAAUUACAUAUGCUCAAAUAUGAUGAGAGCUUUAUAAGAAAUUUUCUCAGUAAUGAAGGGUUUAUUAUUGAUCACUGGGCAAUACAGAAAAAAACAUCAUUGAGUAACCUUUGUGACUAUGAGGCAUUAUAUGUUCUCAUAGCUCACAGAGAGAACUGAAACAUAACUGCUGCAGAUCUUCCUAUCAAUUUACUAAUGAUAAACCUUAACAAAAGUAAUUCAAAAAAUAUAAUUGUGAGUUUGUAGUGAACUGAUCUUACGGUUGAUUUUGC